UACUGGUGGAAGCAGCUACAGGGGCGAGCCAGGAUUCAGGGCUUCCGACAGCCUGAAGUAGCACCUGCUUUACUGCUCAGCUUCUGAGUGCAGAGAUGCGGAAGGUGGUUUUGGUCACCGGGGCGAGCAGUGGCAUUGGCCUAGCCCUUUGCAAGCGGUUGCUGGCUGAAGAGGAUGAGGUCCACCUGUGUUUGGCGUGCAGGAACAUGGGCAAAGCAGAAGCCGUCCGGGAUGCACUUGUAACCUCUCACCCCACUGCAGUGGUCACCAUUGUGCAAGUAGACGUCAGCAACCUGAAAUCAGUGUUCUGUGCUGCCAAGGAACUUAAGCAACGGUUUCAAAGAUUAGAUUAUAUAUAUCUAAAUGCUGGGAUCAUGCCUAAUCCAAAGCUAAAUAUCAAAGCACUUUUCUCUGGCCUCUUUUCAAGAAACAUGAUCCAUAUGUUUUGUACAGCUGAAGGACUGCUGACACAACACGACAAGCUCACUGUUGAUGGGCUCCAGGAGGUGUUUGAAACCAAUGUCUUUGGUCACUUUAUUCUGAUUCGGGAACUAGAACCUCUCCUCUGUCACAGUGACAGUCCGUCUCAGCUCAUCUGGACAUCAUCUCGCAAUGCAAAGAGAUCUAACUUCAGCCUUGAGGACAUGCAGCACAGUAAAGGCCAGGAACCCUAUAGCUCUUCCAAAUAUGCCACUGAUCUUCUGAGUGUGGCUUUGAACCGGAACUUCAACCAGAGGGGUCUCUAUUCCAACGUGGUGUGCCCAGGUACAGUACUGACCAAUAUGACCUAUGGAAUUCUACCUCCCUUUAUGUGGAUGCUUCUGAUGCCCGUGAUAUGGCUGCUUCGUUUUUUUGCAAAUGCUUUCACUUUGACACCACACAAUGGAACAGAGGCACUGGUAUGGCUUUUCCACCAAAAACCCGAGUCUCUCAAUCCACUGACCAAAUAUCUGAGUGCCACCACAGGCUUGGGAAACAGCUAUGUCACUAUGCAAAAGCUGGAUGUAGAUGAAGACACUGCUGAAAAAUUUUACCAAAACUUACUGGAACUGGAGAAGCAUGUUAGGUUCACCAUUCAAAACUCAAAUCACCGGGACUGAGGUGGCACUCUCAGGACUAUCAAGUCCCUUUUGGACAUUCUAGGACAUGUGACAUUUGCAUUGAUCUCUUUUGCUCUCCUUCAGUAUUAUCUCCAAGACUGUUCAUUUGUGCAGGGGUAUGUGCAGGGGAGAAGAAGAGAGGUGAAAAUAUCAAUUAGCUAUUCUCCUGAAUGCAUGUCAUACCAAAAGGACCAGAGCCAUUCAAGAGAUCAUCUGUUUACAUUGUUCUGUCAACUGGAGCCCAAGCUAGACUCCAUGUGAAAAAGGACAAACGAAUAUUGUGACAGAGGUACACCGUGGAUCUCCCACUGGCCUGGCCCUCGCAGGAGGGGGGAUGUCCAUUUCCUGAGUGACAGUCCUAGCUUCAUUCCUUGCCUUGUGGACAACUUUCUUCCUUAGGUCUUUUGCUUUCUUUUCUUCUCCCUGUGCCACUUCUAUGAUCCUAACCUAAGAUUGUUAGAUUCCAAACAGGCCUAAUAUGGAUGUCCAUGUACUUAAUCUCAGGAACAAAAAUAUAUUUGUGUUUGGAUCACUCAAAUUAUUUUCUCACCUUAAAAGUGCCUUUUAUUGAUUUGGGGUUAGUUCAUCUGAACAUUGGGCUUGACCCUGAACACCAUUUGCAGAUUGCUUAUUAGUGACCAACUCAUUUUCAUGAUCAUGUUUUAGUCAAUAUAAACUUGCAGUAGAGCAUUAUUUACUCACAGUAAGUUUCACCAAAACUUUCUAAUUGAAGAUGUGCUGACUGGAUAUCAGCGCUGUGUAUAGUACACUACAGAACAGUGGGGGAGAGUGGUUCAUUUAAUUUACGUGUAUAAUAUAAUCAGGCAACACCUUCUCUGUAUAAAUCUUACAGUGGUCACAUCCCAGGCUUCAUUUGAUAUGAAAACAAGAUGCUAAAAUACCUCAAUCAUUUUACCAUAAAUAAAACCAACACAACAUUUGAAUACGAUAAAAUCAGUAAAAUUUUGAAUGAAUAAAUAUAAGGAGAAAAUGAUCUAUACAUAUAAUUUUUCUACAGUUUAAAGUGUAAAUGGGUUUUUUUGUUUGGUUACAGUUCCUCUAAUUUUGUGGUUAAAGAUUUUGUAUGAAGAUAAAAAGCAUUGUAUAGGAGAGAAUGUGGGCUGCAGCCUGGGACCCCCCUGUUGUCUUGGGGGAGGGAGGCCAAGCUGCAGGCGGAGCUGACUGGCACUCUGUCACCCGCUGUCACUUUGGAAGCAGCCCCUUGCCUGCCGUGGAUCUCAGGUUCGUUUUCUGUAAAUUGGAGUCAUUGUCUUUCUGCUUCUUCUACUCAUGGGUGUGGACUGAGGAGUUAAUGCAAUAGUCAUGUGAAUGAAUGAACCACAGUUUCCUUUGUUUUGCUGUUUGAGAACUGCAGUGAUUUUUGUUAGAGAUCAGUAAGCCAGAAAGUCCUGGUCACAUGCUGCAGUACAAGGCACUGAGUAACCAUUGCCUGUCUGCAUGGCAGGGGACAACAGGAGGCGAAUGGGCCCUAGGGCAGCCACGGGGUUAGUUUUGUCUGUGGGCUGAUUAGUGGUGCAUGCUUGUACCACUAACACUCUGGGAGGCUGAGGCAGGAGGAUCACAGAUUGGAGCCUGGCCUGGCCAGUUUAGCAAGAACUUGUCUCAAACAAAACGGGUUGGAGAUGUAUCAUUCAGACUGUUUUAUUACUAAAAUGCAUUUAUAAAAAAGUAACCCAAACACAAUAAUAAAGCUCAUGUUUAACUACCUUUUCAACUCAUUGGUCAAAGGUGAACUCAUAUUGGAAUUUAGAAAAUAUUUGCAAUUAAACAACAAUGAAAAUUC